AUGAUUUUUUUUUUUACUUUAAAUCGUGUUGCUGCUGGAACAGGUAUUGGAGGAUCAGACUCCAAUCAACUCGAUGGUCCUCUUGGAAUUUUUGUUGAUGUGAAUUUGGAUUUAUAUGUGACAGAAUGUGGAAAUGAUCGAGUUCAAUUGUUUCAGUCGGAUGAAUCAAAUGGUACUACAGUAGUUGGAAGUACAUCACUAAAUCCAACAAUUGAACUUAACUGUCCAAGUGGAAUUAUAUUAGAUGCUGAGAAGUACUUAUUCAUUGUGGAUCGAUUCAAUCAUCGCAUUGUUGGUUCGGACUUGAGUGGUUUUCGAUGUUUAGUUGGAUGUUAUGGAGAUGGUUCACAAUCGAAUCAAUUGAAUAAUCCGUUUAGUUUUAGUUUCGAUCAUUCUGGAAACAUGUUUGUUACUGAUCGAGAAAAUUCUCGAAUUCAAAAAUUUCGAUAUAUCGAAGAAUCAUGUGAUAACUCAUUACUAAUAGAAUCAAUGUAUACAUCAUCGUUGACACCAAAUAGUUCAAAUUAUUUUCAAGAUUGUUCAGAGUUAGAUUCGUAUUAUGAAGUGAUACAAAUGAAUGUCACUGUAACUGGCUAUUAUACUUUUCUAAUCAACAGCGAGAUGAAUACCAUGUAUGCUUAUAUCUACACAAAUGAAUUCAAUCCGUUCGAUGUGUCCAAAAAUGUGCUGAUCCAUAGUGGAGACUCUGGUAAUCAUGGCCAAUUUAAAGUCACAACUGUUCUUCAAGCCAACAUGAUAUAUGCUUUCGUUAUGACAACAUCUGCUCUAAACGUAACAGGUAAUGUUUCGAUUCAAGUAUCUGGUCGAAGCUAUGUCGAUUUCAAUAGAAUCGGUAAGUAUCUAUAG